GUCGUUAAGCCGCUUCUCUCCGUCUCCUCCUCUCAGCCGCGCGUUGCGUCUCUCGAAAGCAUGCACUGUGUGUUUACUCUGAAAUACAACGACGCGCAUAGCGCGUCGAUGACGCGUGUGCUCCUCGUAAAAAUACUCUAUUGAGGAAUUUCUCGUGUGGCGCUUGCCGACAACAAUUGUCCGGGUGCUAAGUGCACUCAGUCGCCCCACGAUUACAAUCAAUCUGUUACGUGCCUACCCACGUAGUACGUAUGUGGGGUUGCCGUUCGUUGUUCGAGAUGUGUGUGCACACAACACUACCGAUUUGUGUUGCUUUUUUCAGUUGUCAAACGCGUCCGAUACGUUGCUCUCGAAUUUGCGAGUGAUUAAAGUGGUUGUGUAUAUAUUGACGAUUACUCAUCGCAGUGUGAGUCUAUUAAGUGUAUGUAAUAAUUGUGAAUGACUAAUCCAGCAAGAAAGAGACAGGGAAAGAGUGUGUGCGUGUAAAAAGAAACGCUUUCUGACAAAAACAACAAGAGUUGUAACUUCCAACUUAAAACACUGCAUCAUGACAGAAUAUAAGCUUGUAGUGGUUGGUGCUGGAGGUGUUGGGAAGUCAGCUCUUACCAUUCAGCUGAUACAGAAUCACUUUGUUGACGAGUAUGAUCCUACCAUAGAAGAUUCAUAUAGAAAACAAGUGGUGAUCGAUGGUGAAACGUGCCUUCUAGAUAUAUUAGACACAGCAGGACAAGAGGAAUAUAGUGCAAUGAGAGAUCAGUACAUGAGAACAGGAGAAGGAUUUUUGUUAGUAUUUGCUGUAAACUCAGCUAAAAGUUUUGAGGAUAUUAGUACAUAUAGAGAACAAAUAAAACGAGUAAAAGAUGCAGAAGAAGUACCAAUGGUGUUAGUUGGCAAUAAGUGUGAUCUUCAGCAGUCUUGGGCAGUAAACAUGACUCAAGCAAGAGAAGUCGCGCGGCAGUAUGGUGUGCCAUUUGUAGAAACCUCGGCGAAAACAAGAAUGGGUGUAGAUGACGCUUUUUAUACUUUGGUCAGAGAAAUACGGAAAGACAAAGAACUUAGAGGUAAAGAGAAGAAAAAACGUAAUAAAGUCGGUAAUUCUGGACGCAGGAGACAUCGAUGCUGUCUUUUAUAAAUCCUUGGAUAACACCAAUACACUUUCACUCGACUACAUAUUACAACGCAGAAAUAAAAUAUGAAAAGCCUUACAUUAUGUUCACAGUGCACAAAUAUUUGCAGCUUAUUCUAUAGAAUAUUGUAAUAAAUUACUAGCACAAUUUUUUCUAUACAUUGAGAGGCAAGAACAAAUUACCUAAUAGAACUAUAUAAUAUUACAUACGUUUUUACUAAUGGAUUUAUGUUUCGUAAGAAAUGUUUACCCGGCAGUUUGCCAUACGUUUCGUAAUAUUCCAUUAAACCGAAGUGUCUUAACCCUUGAUUGACUGGAAGAGUGAUAACUAUUUUCUUCAUUACAUGUGUAAUGAUGUUGGCACAAAAAAAGACAUUGAAUUUCAUAUGUAUGUUUAUAGAAUCGAAAAGUUACAACUAAUUCGCGAAUAGAUUAAACUUCACGCAGAUAUUCAUGUUGGUCAAUGUUAAUUAUGUCGUUUAUAUACAGGGGAUUAUAAAAAUUUGCUACAGAAUAAACAGGCCAAUGAUGAAGAAUCCGGUGAAAUAUGGCAUGUAUGUAUUACGCGCAAAUUUAUUUUUCAUAAUUAUAGAUAUUUAGUUGUUAUAUACUACGAUCAUUCGUUGCGCGCUAAUGAAUUUUAAUUAAACAGCAAUAUUAUAAUACACUAUUACAAAAUGAAAUCUAAUCAAUGUACGAAUUGUUUUAUAACUUAUGAAUUAAGUUUUGAUCAUUGCCAUUAGUACUCUGAAUAUUAUAUGCUGAAGAAAUAAGACUUCUUUUCAUUUUUUAAAAAAGAAAAAAAAGAAAGAAGUUCUGAGUCAUAUAAAAUAGAUAUCACAAACUUAAUUCAUUAUGUGCUGUGAUUAGAUAUUCUUAAGUACAUGCCAGAUUAGUUAAGUGUUACUGUGAUUAAGUCUGCAAUUUUCAAAUAAGACCUUAUUUCGUAGCAUAAGAAUAUAUAAAUACACUCUAUUUUACAAGGAAACAUAUAAAAGUGUCUUUCAUUGAUUUUAAUGAGUUUUGAAUAUGAUGCAAAGCAGAUAAACUGAGAUUUUUUUACAUAUACUUUCUCGCAAAUUUGAAACAACCCCUCAUAGAUAACUUACUUGCAAAUAAAAUUAUUUGUUUGUGAAUAUCUUUGAAAUCGUAAAGUGUACGAAAAAAAAUAUUUAAAAAAAUUUUUAUGGGGUUUGGGAAUCAGUAAAGGACAUUUUCAUAUGUUACUUUGUAAGAAACAAGAAAUACUCUUGUCAUUAGUACAAUUUGGAAAAGAUACGAAUCAAGUAACGAAUAUUGUGUAAUUAUAUCAAAAUAAAUUCGCAUGGCGAUUGUUAAAUUUGAGGAAAGGAUAUAUCGCUUUCUUGUAUUAAUUUCUCGUGCUAUCUAUAUAUUAUUAACCAAAGGCUUAAUAUUCAACUAUAAUGUAUGUUUUUUUAUUCUCCUUUAAAUAGUGAAUUUAUUACAAGAAAGCUGUAUUUCUGCUAAUGUAUUCUUAUACAUUUAUUUUUCUCUACAGUUAUAUAGGAAUCUAAGUAUACUUAAAGUUAUUAUCUUCUAAACUUUAAGAGGAAGCGUAAGAGAAACUACUGUCAACAUAGUUGAUAUAGUAACACAGACUUACGUUUCUGUUUUACUAAUAAUUUGCUAUAAUAUAACAUAAUGCAUCAUAGUUAAUAAAAUAAAUAUAUAUUUACCAUGAUUUAUAUAUGUAUUGCGAUAUACUCACGCAUAGUUUAAUCAGUAAAGUUAUCAUCAAACGACGAAGGUAAAUACAGUACUCAAGUUAAUUGAGUAUUUUUUUCUGACAAUAAGAUAAUUUCAAUACAAUGAAUUUAUUCUUCAAUCAACAUACAACGUAAAUAUGGACUAGCCUCUGUAAUAUGUUCAAAGAACAAUCAAGGGUUAAAUCCUUCAUCAAACAAUGCAAACAAUAUAACUUCCAUAUUCUCGUAUGCGUGUACAUGUAGUAUUUUUUAAUAUUAAUGUUUCCGAGUAACGAAAAUGUGUAUAUAUAAAUAUACACGGCAUAGAUAUCAUUAUAUAAUUGAAUUUCAUAUCGAAACUUUUUAUAUAGGACUUAUUCGUUACGCGCAUUCGCUUCUUGAAUGCUUGCCUAUAAGAUCGUUAUGGCUCAUUUGCGCUGUGUGUUUUAUAAUAUUAAAAUUUUCAUACUUUUAACUUUAUUAAAACAAUAUUUUGUCAUUGGUACGAGUCUUUGGAUAGUAAAAUAUCAAUCACAAACAAUAACAUUCAUAUUUCAGCUAUUAUAAUCGAAGUUUACCAAUAAAGUUUUACAUAAAAUUCAGUUAUGUUAAUUUGGCUGAUAUCUGUUAGUGUUCUUUAAUUAUAUUAAGAGGUAUACACACACACACAUAUAUAUAUACAUAUAUAAACUUAUAUUUAAUGAAUUUCAUCUUGUCGUAUAUAUAUCAAAUUGUUAUGAUGUCAUGAUAUGGAAAUAAAAAGUUACACCUUAAA